AUAAUAAUGAGGGUGGAAAAAAUGAUGAUAUAGAUAUUCUUCUAUAGUUCUAGGAACUGUGCCAAAUAUUUUAAACUUUCCGUAAGGAGAUUUAGAAAUCAAUUUAACCCUAACAAUGUCUGUAUCCUUUACUUAAGGAAACCAGGCAAGUCAAAAGUAUAAACAAAGUUGUUCAUUGCAACAUACUUUAUAAUAGUCAAAACAAUGGAAAUAAUUACAUGUCUAGGUAGUUGAGGAUUAAGCAAAUUAGGACAUAUUCAAAUGAUGAAAUAUAAAACAGCCAUUUAAAAUUAUGAUUAUAAAGCAUUUUGAAAUCAUGAGAAAAUGUUUUAGAAUAAGUAAAUGUACAAUAUAUGGUGGCUUUCAUUAGCAAAAAAAACCCUAAAAUGCAAAAUUGCUUAUAUGACAUGAUCUCUACUAUAUAAAAAUUACUUUAAGAGACAAAGGAAAUAUGCUAAAAUUUUAACAGCUUAUGUCUGCAAUUGCAAUAAUCUUUUUUCUGUUUAUGAUUUUCUUAUUUUUACAAAUUAUAGCAAGUAAGUGUCAUUUGUAUGGUCAGAAGUUAAAUGUUAUCGGUAAAUGAUGUCAUUUUAUUGUCCUUGGGUCAACAGACAAUCACAUGAUGGGCAGCCGUUGCCUGGACAACAAAAUUCUCCUCUUUCAAUUGAGAACGUGCAAGUUGAGCCACCAAAGGCCAGCUGGGAAGUUCGUAUUAAGAUGAUAUCUUCAGGUAUCUGUGGUUCUCAUGAUCAUGCUCUAAAACGAUUACUCCCAGUGAACUUUCCCUUAACAACAGGCCAUGAAGGAGCUGGGAUUGUGAAGAGUAUUGGCGAAGGAAUGAGCUCAGUGAAACCAGGAGAUAAAGUCCUCACACUCAUUAUUCCACAGUGUAGAGAAUGCAGUGCCUGCUUGCACCCCAAGGGAAACUUCUGUGAGAAGCAAGAGUUAGUAGAUUUCGUUCUACCUUCUUCUGGAUUAAUGCUGGAUGGGACUAGCAGAUUUACCUGCAAAGAAGAAAAGAUCUAUCACUCUUUCCACACAAACACAUUCACUGUGACAGGCUAUGGGGCCGCUGUUCACUCAGCCAAGGUCACUCUCGGUUCUACCUGUGUGGUCUUUGGACUUGGAGAAAUCAGCUCAGCCGUUGCCAUGGGCUGUAAAGCCUCUGGUGCUUCUAGAAUCAUCGGGGUUGAUAUAAAUGAGGAGAAAUUUCCCCGGACAAGAGCAUUAGGGGUCACUGAUUGUCUCAACCCUCGAAACCUCAAGAAGCCCAUCCAGGAGGUGGUCACGGAAAUGACAGGCAUUGGUGUUGACUUUGCUCUUGAGGCCAUGGGACUCUCAGAUACCAUGAUGUGUGGGCUUGGGUCACAUAUUCUUUCUCCAAAUGGAUUAAUGUUAGAUGGAACCAGCAGAUUUACCUGCAGAGGAAGGCAGAUUUAUCAUCUUUAUGGCACUAGCACGUUCACUGAAUAACGUUUCACUGAGCGUGAAACUGCAGUGGGUAAAAUUGAUGCUGCUACUCCCCAGGAUAAAGUCUGUAUCAUAAGCUGUGAGGUGCCUACAGGCUUUGGACUUAUGUUUAACACUGCAAAGGGAAGAAUAUACUUUUGUGUCACCCCCCCCUCUACCUACAUGGUCUUUGGACUUGGAGGAAUCUACUCAGCCAUUGUUAUGGCAUGCAAAGCCUUUGCUUCUGGGAUCAUCAGAGUUGACAUCAAUGAGGAGAUAUUUCCCCGGGCAAGACCAUUAGGGGUCACUGAUUUUCUCAACCCUCAGAACUUCAAGAAGCCCAUCCAGCAGGUAGUGGUGGAAAUGAUGGGCUCUGGGGUCAACUUUGCCUUUGAGGCCAUCAGACUCAGCGAUACUAGGGUCAUGGUUUUGGAGUCACGCCAUCGGAGCUAUGGAGUACACAUGAUAAUUGGAGUAGCUCUGUCAAAUGCACAACUCUCCUUUGACCCAGUGCUGAUUUGCUCUGGGAGAACCAUAAAAGGUGAUGUCAUGGGAGGAUUUGAUUUAGUCAGAUACGGUACGACGACAGACACAGAGACAACUGCCUUGAAAGAAGAGUUUAUUGCCCACAGCUCCCCCAAAAGAAGGGAGCAUGCCACGCCAUGCAGGGCCAUAUGGGGAAGCCCAGGGUCAGUCAGGAGGCAGAAAGAGCGAAGGAAAAGCAUGGGCCAGGGCCUUUAUUGUGGAUUUCAGGAAAAGGAACAGGCAAGGUGGGAGAACUGUUUUACAGCUAUUCAAGGUGGUUGUGUAGCACCACAGGAGAUGAGGGAUGAAGCUAAGAAGCUGACAUUUGAAGUGGAAUACUAUGAUGAUUCUCAUGUAGCCAUUCACAAUUAG